UGACACAGGAGCACCAAUUCCGAACGUGGCGUACUUGUUGAUGCUUUUAGUACUAGUCCCGUUGGAAAUGUAUUUAUCGGAAAUUUCAUGGAAAUAAGUGUAUGACUAUAGCUUCGUAUAAUGCGAUCAGAAUUAGAUUAUCUAGCAACAGUAGAGAAUGGAUGUUAAAAUUGUGAUCUUGUAUACUGUUGGACUAUUCUGGCUAUAUAUUCAAACAUGCUGUGCAAGUUCGCUAAAUGUUAACAGAUUGAGACGGUUUUCGGACAACGAUCAGAGAACUCGAAACAAACGUAAUGCAACACUAUCGUAUACCGAAGGUACAACAGCGGAUGCAGGCGGUGGGGUAGAGGAGCCAGCAUGGACGAAAUAUUACGGGUUCGACUCCUACAAGCAACGAAAACCCUAUCAAGAAAAUCCGAACAAAAAACCGACAAUCUGCUUCAAUAACAAAACAAAAGACAGCAAUGGAGACCGCCUGCCACAAUUCAUCUGUCCAAUGGAUGACAGCCAAUCUGAAGAUUUGACAUAUUGCUGCGGACAAAAGACUGCUCAAGUUUGUUGCAACAGAACCAAAUAUAAUGAAGAAAAAAGAAAAGAGAAACAGAAGUAUAAUAAUGAUGCAGACAUAGAUUUAGUGACAGCUAUUGGUAUAUCGGCUGGAUGUGUUGUCUCAAUAACUUUCUGUAUGUUCCUGUAUUGCUGUUGUUGCCAGAGGAGACACGAGAUACACGAUGGGGUCAAACUGAUGUGGGUUAGAAGAUCGUUUGGCAAGGAGUUGAACAGAUUAGAGCAACCGGCGUACCAAGAUCACAUGACUGUGGUUAACAGCAUUACAGGCCUGAGGGAAACAAGCCGACAGGGAAGUAGACAAGGCAGUAGACAUGGCAGUCGACAAGCUAGUCGACAGGGGAGCAUCAGAAGUAAUAGAAGUAGACAGGGGAGUUUUAAAGGCGGAAGUAGAAAUCCCAGUGCUGCUCCGACACCAUCCAUUAGCCGCCGAGCAUCAAACGAUCAUCACGAUCGAACACCACUAAAACAUCAGAAAGGUACUGGUGACAGAAAUCAUUUAGGUUUAGAUGUACCUAGCAACGUAGUAAUAACCGUCACGACGCCGUCGGAUGAACAUGGACCAACCGCGCCUUUGCUCAAAACUGCUCAUCAUGAGAGAUGCAACCCAGUACAUGUACAUUUUGACGACGUCAUCAUGACGUCAUCGCCUUCCUAGCCUGACCAAUAAUAUGUAUAGAUCCAGAAACAUAACUUUUUUCCAUGCAAUAAGCAGUUGUCAUUGUUUUCAAUGUUCUUUAUGAACCAGUAUUGUAAAUACGGAUGUGGACAAUCUUCUUUACAUGUUUAGCUUCAGUGUUAACAAUUCACCAUAGAUCGAUUUCUUCAACGUUUCAUUUGAAUAGUGCAAGUUUUUCGUACGUUUGUAAAGUGCACGACAAACACCAUUUGCGGACAUUUUAACCAUUUGUAUGUUUGGAAAAUUGGAGAACUGUCGUCUGCUUAAACUGUCGUCUGCUUGAUUUUAAAUUUUGUUCAAUUUUAUUGAAAUUGGAAACAAAAUAAGAAAAGGAGGACUGUCAAAUAAAGUACCCGACAUGACACUUGUUUUAUGGCCUGGUAUCAUGCUCUUUGCAAAGGCUGUUGUGAUCGGUUUUAGUGGUGUAAGGGUUCAUGUGCUUUUACCUUUUUAUCAUUGAUGAUUUUAUUCAAAAUAAAUAAAAAAAUAGCCACGAAGAAUAGAUGUAUUCAUUAGGUAAGAAAUGACCAUGUAAUUAUAUCAACUCAUAGUGUCUGAUCAUUUAAAAAAUCAAAUUUGUCUUUUAGCUUACAUGAAUAGUAAAAUGCUCACUUUUUGUCAAUUUGUGUAUUUCCCGUUUUAAAAUUUAAAACAUUACUGAUUAGAUUAUGGCAAGCAUUAAAAUGUCACAUCAUCAAUAAAAACAUAACAUGUUUAUACAUUUAUAAUUAUACACAAUUUAUCGUUAUUUGUUCAAAUGUAUAUAUUAUUUUUUCAUUUCUUUAGGUUUCUGGUCAUUCAUAUUUUUUAUGAUUUGAAGAACGAAUUAUUAAAAAAUCUAUAAGAAUGUGAAAAAUGCAACCAUUUUUAGCGCAAUUCUGGCAAAGUUGAUCUAAUUGCAGAUUUUAUUUCCAGACAAAGAUAUUUAGUUUCAUUGAUUUAGAAAUAUCUCUUCGUUACCAUAGUAAUCUUAUAGAACAUACAUAACUUACAAUGGUUGUAAUUAACAUUUUUAAAUAAAUUUUGCAUGUAUAACGUUACCUAUUUCUGGCGUUAUGUAAUUAUCAUAUAUACAAAUGAGCUUGAUUUUUCAUUUUUAAUAAAAGUGAACAUGUGCAUGUAAAACAAUGGACUAAACAGAUACUCUGUAGGGAAACUAUUAGAGAAUAACAUUUAUAUUAUUAUACUACGCACACAAUUACUAGGGAGGGCACAAAAACAUGUUGAAAUAAUUGUCCUCUGGGUGUAAUGGAAGUCCCUGUAAAUUAAAUAUGUACAAUGUAAGUAAUUAAAUUAACUGGAAAUAAGAUAGAGUCAAGUAUCUGCACAGCAAUAUAUCCUGCAAAUUAUAUAAAUUGAAGUAAAACAGAGAAAAUGCUGUUGAUUUAUCAUGAAUAUAAAAUAUAAGAAAUAUUAGUAAGGGAAAUCAAUAAUGAGCAAUAUAUUAUUCUAAUUUCAGACAUAUAGGAUUUAGUCUUAAAAACGGAUGCUUGUGUAUAUAAGAAAUAUUUUGCUUUGGUCGGAAAGUCAUUCAACGGGCACAUAUAUAUGUAUAUGUAAACACCUACCCCUAUUUUCCCCUUUCUUUGACAACGCUAUGAUACAUUCAAAAUUCAGGCAAUUUUAAAUAUUUUACGAAAAAUCUGCUUAACUUUAAUAAGACAAUGUAGAUAUUGUAUCAUCUAAUUGGAGAUAAGUUUGCAUUAUAUCUUAUUUCGAUAUUGAUAGAAAGUAAAAAUGUUACUGACGUUGUUAUGCACAAAAUGUAUUUCCUGUAUUUAUAUUAAAGUGAUUUUGAUACAGAUGCACCGGUUAUUUGCAACACCGACCUCCUUUAUAAGUGACCGGGAAAUACAUUUACGUACUCGUUCUUCUUGUGCUGAUCGGUACAGUUGACAAAAAUACGGUUGAUUACAAGAGCCGAAUGAUCACCGUAUUUUGGACGGGUGAUAACCGUAACUUACUGGCAUCUGUACGGAUAUUUAGUAAUGAUUUUCUUGGGUCAGCAUGAUAACAUUUCUCAAAAAAGACAUAAGAAGAAGAGGCGAGUUUUCGGAAUUUAAAUUUUUUUAGGAAUAUUAUACGGGAUUCAAUGGUCUCAAAGGCAAAUUUUUCGCUGUUCUUCGAAUGUUUUUGGGGGGUGGGGGAGGGGAAGGGGCUUGUAGGGAAUGUUAAGCUGGGGUCAUUGUUGCAAAUGUCUGCUGCAUAACAUGUGUAAAAUGUUUCAUUAGUUUCAAUAGUUUCAUUAUACAUGAAUGCAUGCAUGUUUUAACGUAGACAAAGUUUUAAAAUGUAUGUUUGUUCCGACGAAAUUGUACAAUAUUGUACAUGUAUGCUUCACUGUAAUUGCCUUUUCCUGAAGUUAGUGAUGUCAUGUAACAUAUAUUGAGUAUUCAUUAUACUUGUUUUUUGAUCCAUUCAUAACGUUUGUAAAUAUUUAAACAUCUAACACAAAUUAUGGUCAUAGCAUUUGACAACAAAAAAGUAAAAGAACGCGGUCCAUUUGAUCUUAUAAGUGUUUAUUAAAAUUUAAAACAACAACUGCAUUUAAAACUACAUGUAUUGAAAGACACGGAAGUUUCAUUUAUAUCGCAUAUCCUUCUGACAAUAUCAUAGCAUUAGCUUUAAGAUAAUUUGUGACUUUCUACACACCAUACAAUAAAGAUUAAAUUCAGUUAACCAAAUAAAUGAAUUACUAUUGAUUUUUGCAUUAAAUAUAUAUGCCGUCAUUACCAACGAUAUUCUUGUUUUAACAUUUUGGCAUUUUAGCUGAAUAUACCAAGGUCUUCCUUAAAAUAUUAAAUAACAGGGUUUUACAUCGUCUAGAUGAUCUAGUUCAGAAAUAAGUUGUAUAGUAUAAAUACCUCAAUUAAUUUUUCAAUUAAAAUUAAAUUCAAAUGAGAAAGCAAUUUGGUGUUGAUUGAAAUAGGACGUAAUCGUGUAAUGUUAGUGCAGAUAAAAUGCAUUCAUUUGAAGCUGAACAAAAUAAUAUAAACAUUAAUUGUACUAAGACUUGAUUUGAAAAGAAAACGACCUUACUGAAUGCAGUUUAAUUAAUUUCAAGUUAUUGUUUGUUUUGCUUCUUUUUUAGUACAUCCAGUAUCGCAUUUAGUAUUCAGUGUUCAAAGGUUUUUGCUCAAAUUCACUACAUGUUGUUAACCCUAAAGAAAAUAACAUUUAUUUACAAAGACGGGUUAAGUUGAUAUAAAGAAAAUACAGGUAUGUUUUGUAAGUCUGACAUAUGACCAAAAUUGGCUACACCUUAAAAUGUCUUAUCAUUGUUGUAAUUUAUAUGUGGUUGUCUGCCUCGACAUUUUUGACUAUGUGUCUUACCUCAUUAACAGAAGCAAAAACUUCAGUUCGAGAUACUGAAAAAAAAUCCAGAUAAGAAAAUUGAGAUAAAUAAAUAUAUUCUAUAUAGAUAAAGAAAGAAUGUAAUACGGACUUUCACAAUUGGAUCGAGAUAACGAAAAUUGAGAAAAGCGAUAUCGAGAUAACGAUACCUGACUGUAUUUAUAUUAAGGUAGCAUAAUUACCCAUGUAAUCCGAUAAAAUCAGAUGAUUUUAAAUUAAUUUUGAUUAAAAAAUAAUGAGGUAGAUUGAAAACAUCAUUACCAUGCUUUUUUAUAUAUUAUCCUAACUUUAUAACUUUGUUUAAGAGCGAAUUUGUAUACAUUUAGCAAUGUAAAUUUAUCAAAUUUUAUUCUAUGCAUGGGCCGUUAAAGUGCUUCAAUAGUAUCGAGAGAUAACGUAUGUUAGCGCAAUUUAUAACUGUUUUUUUCACAUUUUCAUCAUCUCAAGGUUGAAAGUGUUUUUUACAAUAUUUUUUCCCAAUUUUGUUAAAUUAUUGAAUAGAAGAUAUAAAUAAAUACAAAGCACCAAUGUAACUAUAAUUAAAGGCACAUUAAGCCGUAGAAAUAAAAUACAUGUUAUUUGUUGCUUUUUUCUGUAGACAGAGCAUACUGUUAACUUUAAUAAUUACCAAAUUGCAAAUGAAGCAAUUUGUGGCUUAGGUUUUUGGCCAUUAAGAAACAUUUUGGAAACUUUUACAGGAUAUCAAAAUAUAAGUGUUAAAAAUAAAAAUAUUUUCAUUUUUUUUAAAGGCUUAAUGUGUUUUUAAAACAGAAAAAUAGAAGAAUGAUUACAGUAACAUUUGAUAACAACUGAUUUUGGUUGAAUGUUCGGGUAAACUGAUUUUAAUUUUAUUAUCCACAUUACUAUGAUUAUUGAUAAAACAUAUUACGUAAUUACAUGUAUACAGAAAUUUUAGCAAUAUUCAGAUUUACAUUAUUACAAUCAUGGUCGAAAAGCAUGCAUUUUUGUAAAGAAAAUGAGAGAAGAUGAAGAUAUUUUCUGUUUUUAAAUUGAUAUGUUUUAACAAUUGUCACAUAUAUGCGUCACAAAAUGUUAUUGUGUAUAUUAUAAUGAUGAUUUUUACCAUAAUUAUUAUGAACGUUGUAUUGUUUCUUGAUAUUUUACAAUUUACGAUUUUCAAUUUUAUGCACUUUUUCUAAUAAAGUUUUCAGAAGUA